UGGGUUGUGAUAGUAGUUUUAUGAGAACCGGCUUUUGAUCGUCCGAAAACAAAUGGAUUAAAAUCGGACAGAUCACACACUCCAUUUAUAAUUAAAAAUUUAUAUCUCCUAUGAGGGCAAUCAGCAUGGCAUCAAAAUUUCUAUGAUUUUCUUGUAGAUAGUAAAACAUGUUGUGAAGGGUUUGUAGACCUCGUGCAGGUUAGGUUAACCUGUGAGUCGAUUUCGGACUUUGAAGAAUGGCUGGAAAUUUCUGGCAGAGCUCACACCAUCAGCAGUGGCUCCUUGACAAGCAAGAUUUAGUUCGAGAACGCCAACAUGAUAUCUCGAUACUCACCGAAGAGGAGUAUCAGAAGCUCUUCAUCUUUUUUGCUAAUUUAAUACAAGUAUUGGGUGAGCAGUUAAAACUGAGACAACAGGUCAUAGCAACAGCAACUGUUUAUUUCAAACGAUUUUACGCUCGCAAUAGUUUAAAAUGCAUCGACCCUCUUCUCCUGGCACCCACAUCGGUAUUUCUGGCAUCAAAGGUCGAAGAGUUUGGAGUCAUCUCCAAUACCCGUCUGAUCACCACCUGUCAAACUGUAGUUAAAAACAAAUUCAAUUAUGCCUAUGCCCAGGAGUUUCCGUACAGAACGAAUCAUAUUUUAGAGUGUGAAUUUUAUCUGCUGGAGCAUCUAGAUUGCUGUUUAAUAGUUUAUCAGCCAUACAGACCCCUCUUGACUCUGAUCCAGGAUGUGGGGCCUGAUGAUCAGUUGCUAACUCUUGCCUGGAGAAUUAUCAAUGAUAGUUUGAGGACCGAUGUCUGCCUUCUUUAUCCACCAUAUCAAAUUGCCAUAGGAUGUUUGCAAAUCGCUUGUGUAAUACUUCAAAAAGAUCUGAAGUCAUGGUUUGCUGAACUUAAUGCAGAUAUGGAGAAAAUUCAGGAGAUAGCACGACAUAUAAUAAAUCUCUACGAACUGUGGAAAACAUAUGACGAGAAGAAGGAGAUUCAGAGUUUACUUGCAAAGAUGCCAAAACCGAAGGCUGCCCCGCAACGCUGACACGAGGGUGAAUUUAGCCAUUACGAAUCGAUGUGAAAAAUAAUUUAUUGCAUAAGCUCUUUUUCUAUAUAUUUUUUUAAUAAGACAUUAUUUCAAUCUCGGGCCUUUUUGCUAAUAUUUUAAGAAUUUGUAUUCAAGUUCUACUAAUAUAGUUAAGAUCGUUCCUUUAGUAAACCCUUCAGAGAUAUUGACAUUUUUCUAUAAAAUUAUAGAAUUAUGAUAAAAAUUUAAUUACACGACUAUUCACUCUUAUGAUUUACUUUUAUUGCGUACCAUUGUCAUAUAAAUUCAAUAGAAUCUGUUUGUUUAAUAAACUUUGACGUAUGAUUCUUUUCAAUGAAA